CUGUAAUAGCCCUCGUUGAUUGCCUCUCACGGGUGUAAUUGUCAUUCCCACGUACAUCUGGCGCCAUCUCUGUGGCCGAGUUCAUCUCUGCGCGCCGUUAGAGUCGCACCAAGCCCUACUGCGAUAUCGAGUACCAGGUAACCGGCGUCCCUGCAACUGGCCCGCUAUCUGGGCGCCGUCCUCCGUUAGUCGCGACUCGCGCCCCUCGCCAGGUAUCUGACGAGCACCGCUCUCGGCACCGCUCUCACAGCGGCGCCCACCGCUGCAACAGAUCGGACCGCCGAGAUGGCCCAAAACAGGCCCGUCAGUGCCGCGCCGGUCCAGUUCUGCACGGCCCGCGCUGCGGCUGCGGCUGCGGCUCUGAGGCCGGCGCCGUCCUCGGAAGCGGCUGGCGGGGCGGCGCGUGUGACAUCAGAGAUAGCCGACCGGUCGGCCCCUCCUCCGCCCCCCAACCCCCGGCCGGCUGGCCGGUCGGCGACAGGGUACUUACGGGUCGGCGAGCCCGCCGCUCGAGCCGCCGCCGGCCGCAGUCUGAGUCGAGAGCGCGGACGGUGCGGGCGUGCGCGAUCUUGGGGAAGGAGUCGAGACCAAGAGCUCCAAGACGGCGGCGGUACAGUGCCCAGCGGGAGUGAUGGGGAAGGCGGCUGUGUCCCACAUCCACUUCGCCUCUGGAUACCACGUGCCAGCCUGGCUGAUGAGCGCACCUGCGGUGCGACACUGCCGGCAGAGGCUGGGUUUUCUCCGGAGGCGCCGCAGUGAUAACAGCAUUUCGGUCCGGCCGGACCGGGCGCAGGCCCAGCAGUGGGCUGCCUCCUUCGUCAACCUGGUCAACUCUAAAUAUGGGGUUGCCCUAUUCAGAGCGUUCCUGUCACAGGAAUUUGCCGAUGAAAAUCUCGAGUUCUGGUUGGCUGUCGAGGACUUCAAGAAGACCAGACACUCGAAGAUGGCUGCCAAAGCUCUGCAGAUCUACAAUGAAUUCCUCGUCACGCAAGCCCCCCGAGAGAUAAACGUGGACUCUGCCACACGGACGGCGAUCCAGAGCGGUCUGAGCGCGCCCGACGCUCACCUGUUCGACGCGGCGCAGCGGCGCGUGCAGCACCUGAUGGAGAGCGACAUCUUCCCCCGGUUCCUGCAGUCGCCCAUGUACCAGGAGCUGCUGCGAGACGAGCAGGGCAAGAGCCGGGCGCGCCGGUAGCCGGGGCCGCCGCACGGCGCCACUCGAGGCUGUGAGGGGCGGCCGAGCGCCGGCCGACCCCGACACGGGAGCACAUAUCACCAGCGCGGCGGGCCGGGCGCGGCUGCACACAGAUCGCGACGGUGGCGCCCCCGCGGUGGUUUCUCGGCGCGCCGCCAGGUGGCGCGCCGCUCGAGACCGCGCGGGCGCGCCUCCCAUUCGCCGCCGCUCGGCGGCCUGUACAAAACGGAGGCUGUCCCCGGUGUCCGGGCGCCGAACUUCCAGGGGCGAGCGGCGCCUCGCGACCGACCACAGGGACCGCCACUGUAUCAUACUGGUGUGAGCACGUCGCGCUCUUCACACGCGUUUUAGCGAGUAGCUCGUGUACCUAGUAAUUUAUUUCAGAGAAUGUAGCAUUUGUGAGACAUGCGUGUGUAUAAUUCAGUGGUGUGCUAUGCUGUGUAGUCUCUGGACUUUGCUCUGACUGUCUUAGUCGAUUCGUGAUGGACUAUAUUAUUUGAAUUUUGUCAUCAAAGACGGAAUGCCAGGAUUUGCUUUUGGUGUGUGAGAUAGCUAGUUCGGUGACACAGAGCUUUAGCCAGUGAUCGUUCGGAGAUUGGCCUCACCGCAGGCAACCUGUCGACGAGCGAACAAGUGUUUAUGUGUGUGUGUAUGUCGUGGUGGAACGCUUUACCCUUCUCUCUGUGAGGAAGCAGAUGAGCACAGUAGAUCUCGCCUGGGUGUACGUCUUCUGACGAAUUUUGCUUCGCGGCUUUUCCCAUUAUCAGAAUGAGAGCGAACCGUCAAUGCGUGCGGGAUUAGCGGAAGGUGUUGAGACUGUUCAUGUGUUUAGAUAGUUCAUAGACCCUGAAUGCCCAUUUUGUCGUGUUGAAAUGUGUUGGAUCUGAUAUUAUGUGACCAAAUACAGGCGAAUUCAAUUGU